ACGUGCGGACAUUCUUCAUCUCGUUCCUCGUUUCUUCCUCCACCCGGGGCUGAGGCUCGAGGUUAUUUUUGGAGUCUGCAUCUCUAGGCUUGGCUAUUAGUUACUGCUAUAUACCUGCAUCUCUCCUCUGUCUUCCCCUCUUCCCCAAUUUACCUUUCGAGACAUAACCCGAAAAGAGACUACCUCUUUGUUGUCAUUCGACCCUUAUCCACUGUCUUGUUGCGCAUUGUUGUGUUGUGCCACGCCUUCUACACAUCCUAUAGCUACCGAGUGGGGUAGCACCGUUUGUUUCCAUUGAGACCAUUGCAUUGUCUUGCGCCUUUCCAGUAUCCAGACAAUAUGGCUGGUCCCGGUGGUGGCCCUCCUCGCAAGAGCCAUACCAAGUCUCGUUUCGGUUGCAAAACAUGUAAGAGACGACACAUUCGUUGCGAUGAGAGUUUUCCACAAUGCCGGAAUUGUACCAAACAUAACUGUCGUUGCGACUACAUGGAUGUCGCUACCGUCCACGACGAAUCAUCUACCACCCGCAAAAUCCCCGAUCUUCUCAUGUCCGGCGAAAUCGAGACGGAAAUCAAGAAUUGGCACAUCACGGGUGUGCCUCCGUUCCCAGAACUGGUACAGUACCCACGCAGUUGUUGGAGCAAACUCUCGCGAACCGAUCUUCGUUUAAUCCACCAUAUUAUCGGACUGUCCAUCGACCUACAUCGUCGCGGCUUUAGUAACUCCACGAUCUGGGCGCAGAAGAUGCCAACAUUUCUCAACAUAGCGAUUACGAAUGACUUUGUCAUGAGUUCCAUCCUUACUUUAUCAGCGUCACAUUUGGCCUGGAUCACGCGAAAUAAAGAAACCAAGCAGCUCGCUUAUCAUCACAGGGGGGUUGCGAUUCAGGGGUUGCACAAGGCUAUCGGUACUUUCUCGAAAGGCAACUGUGACGCUAUCCUCGCAGCCUCCAUCCUCCUUUCCUGGCAGGCUUCGGAAUGGCAUAGCUGGGCGUCCCUGCAACAGGGACUCACAACCGUCCUGAACUCAAUGCAUCCCAUCUGGAAACACGAAUCCGAACUAGCCAUGUACCUGGAGAACCAACGGUACUUGGGAUGUACUAAUACGCCAAUGAUGACGGGCUACCAGUUCCAGGACGAGGACCUUGUUAGCCUCGACCAAACGACCAUUGCCCUUCAGAACGUCCAGAAGCGCGUGGCUCACAACCCUGAACACUACCGUCGGAUCGGAGAACUCCUUGAAUUUGUAAGCCAUUUCAGGCGAGAUCUUCUGUCCUUAACCCCGGAACAGGCCUUUGAGCGCAUGCAGCCCCUGCGAAGAUGGCUCUUUUGGCUUCCCCCCGCCAUGCUCCGAGGCGGAGACGCAGAUCUUGGAGCCCUUGCCAUUCUUGCUCAAUUCUUCGGUAUUGGCGUGGUUCUGGAUAGUUUGUUCCCUGACCUGGGAGGCGCAUACCUCGGCCCGCUAUCCGUCGGCCCCAUCGAAGACAUUUAUCGAAUCAUUAUUACUAGAAGCAUGUCGGAGCCAUACAACCCAGAUCUCCAGUUAGCCUCGACUAUCAUGGAAUUGCCCCGACAUAUCGUUGCCCAAUAUAAAAGCCGACUUCAGUGGUCGCCACGGGCCUCACUCGACUACUCCCCGUCUCCCGCGAGCCCUUACCAUUCUAUGCAAGAUUAUACUCUAGCAUCGUCAUCCUCUCCUUCCUCUACCGCUACAUGCGCACCUUACACCCCGCCGCUCCAGUCUCCACCAGCUGUAACGAUCGCUAGCUCUCCGUUCGAUGUAAAUGGAACCUACGUCACAGCACCAGCCGUCCAGAGCCUUUACCCACCGUCUCCAAGUUUGCUCUCAGACCCACGAGAAGAACUAUGUGAAUACAGCCAUACCGGCUCGCUCCAUCAGUCGCCCACCUAUCCACCACCAUAUGUGGAUGAUAUGGUGUGCGGGGAGCUAUCUCGGGUGGACGGAACUGUCGGACUGAAUGUGGAUCUCUACGGCGAGCCUCAACAGAUAGUGGGAGGAUAUAGCACUGCGGAGCCGUGCUGGACUGGAAGUAUCUGCACGUGAAGGUGGGAAGAUGGUCGACAGAACCAGUGGAGGAAAAAGAAAAGCAAACAAAAAAAAAAACUUAUAUACCCUUAACCAACUUGCAUUCUAUUUACACAGCAUAUGGGCUUGAGCUUGGAUCUCACAUGGGGUUGGAUGGAUAGAAGGGCUGGUACUCUUGUAUUUUGGAUGGGGGGGGGAGGUUUUCAUUCUACUAUUGUUGCACUUUGUGCACAUUAUUUUGGAUUUUGCAUGGCUGACAUUCGUUACGAAUCCUGCGAUAUGUUACAGUGGUACAGGAACACCAGGACAGAAUGAGGCUACAUGAGAGCAUGGAUUGAUAUGGAUAUUCAAAAAUCAUAUACCCGCUUGGCGUUUACUUUGAGAUAAUUAACGUGUAUAAUGAAAUGACAAACUAUCCCCGAUCA